UAUCAACUGUCAAAUAAGUGUCAAAAUCAGCAGCACGUCAGUCAGCGUCUGAUUGGAAUUAAAUAUCAUAUUCAUUCAUUUCAGUUCAGUUGGUUCAGUUGUGGACUUGUCCGCGGUUAAGGUUCCGAGAAGUGGUUAGUGAAGUACUAUGGAAGAGCAACCUAAACCGAAGUUGUUCACCCGGGAGGAGCUCAAGUCACGGUGCACGCGCAAUGACGCGGUCCUUAUCAUCCACAACGAGGUGUACGACGUCACCAGCUUCCUAGCAGAGCACCCCGGUGGUGAAGAGGUGCUACUGGAAAAGGGUGGCCAGGACGCUACCGAGCCUUUCGAGGAUGUCAGCCACAGCUCAGAUGCCAGAUCUUUAAUGAAGAAGUACAAGAUCGGCGAGCUAGUGGAAGCAGACCGAGUGCAGAGUAAGAACGCUUUCUCACCCCAAUGGACCAACGACCAGGCGCAGGAGCAGGGCAACACGUGGACUUCGUGGCUGACACCGUUGCUGCUGGGCGUGGCCGCCACCAUCCUCUACCGCUACCUGUUCGCGUAGUGCCGCCGCCGCCACCACGCCACGCUGCUACGACUCGUUAUUCUAACCUAGAUUACCUAGAUUUAAGAAACCGGGCAAGUAUCGUCAGACAACUCUCACUCAUGAUGAUGUGGUUGCUAACUUUAUAACUUGACACUAUUGAAUAUUUCACACCAACUAAGAAUCUUUGAAUGUAUUUGAGGUCAUAUGUAGUGAACAGUAGUGGUACUGUAUUGUAUGCUCUACUUGUUAAUACUAUAGAUACAUAUCUAAAAUAAGAUAAUAUUGUCAUAUAACUCAGAACAUAAAUAAUUCAUACAGGUUAUUGUCGUCCUUUUAUAUGAGCAGUAACAAACUAACAAGAUUCCUGUAGUCAAUUUAAAGAGAAUGGUCAAUGUAAUACGAAUGUGAGCUGUAACGCUUGUAGAACAAGUGGCGUAUGUUACGUAGGUAGUAGGAACUAGAAGGGAUGUAUAGAGCAAGAAAAAUAUUGCCCCGUCAUUAUGGUUCAGCAUGGAGAAUUAUGCUCGUUGUAUGGCAGGCGGUGGUUGUGCCCGUUGAGUCGUCGAGUUGAUAAACCGUGCUACAGUCUGACCGCACGGACGAUGGAUGUACCGAUUCGUAUGCAGUAGCGGCGCGGCGCUGAUGCUGUGGUUUACUACUCUAUCGUCACGCAUUGUUUCAAAUAUGGUGCCAGUACGCAGUUACUACUUUUAUUGAGGUGUUAAGACUAGAUAAUUAAGCGAAAGUGUAUUUUUAUGUUUUUACUUGGGACGAGGUAUAUUACUGCUAUUUAUUUAAUUUACUUCUUAAUGUGUGUGCCUUCUGAAAGUUCGUGAGUUCUUGUACUAAGGAAAUGUAAUGAACUAAAUUACCUCUAUAUACAUGAAUAAGCCAUGAUGAGUUUGUUAUGGAAUGUGCACACACCAUAAGUACCAAUAAUGUGUCUUAUGAAUUUUGCAAUUAUAUAUUACUUGUUUCGCGGUGUGAUCAUAAUUUUAUAAUGAUUAUAAUAUAAGUGCAUAAAGUAGUACAAUAUUUUCAAAAAUCAUUUGAUUAAGCUUUAAAUUGUAACAUGUGUGGAGUUGAAUGAAUAUAUUGUUUUCGACAUUUGUUAAGUUUUGGUUUAAAUUCCUCAUUUUGUCUAGGAUACAAAUAAUUAUAUGCAAGAAUAUAAUUAUUGCUCACGUGUCAAUUUAAAGUUUGUAUCCAUUUACAUAUAAUUAGCAGUUGAUCCACAUUUAGUGGAUGACCUGGUUUAGCACAAAUUUGUAUAAAUACAAAGGAAUACAUGGUCUCAGUAUCACAAACUCCUGAACGAUUUAAUACAGUUUAACAAAAAAUAUGUAGGUAUAUAUAAUACUUAUGCAUUAUUUACACUGGAUGAUUGAGGCUCGUGGCUUAUUUACAUUGUAUAGCCUUUUUGUGAUAUAUCUGUGUAAUAUAAUCACCUUCUGGAA